UAUUUUGACUUGUAUUUCCCUGCAUUCAAGUAUGGUUGUUUGCCAGGUGAAGAAACAUAUUCCUGGGAAAGUUCCUCAGCAAGUUGGUUUGAGGAUGAUGGAAUUUAGUGGUAUUCCAGGUCUGAAGGGAAAGAGUUAAAGGUUAUAUUAAUGAUAUGGAUUAUUUCAGCUGCUUGGAAUGUCCCAGGCAGGCUUUUAAUUGUCUGACAUCAUGGAGUUACUGAAUGGAGGAAAUAGGAAAGUGAAAUACGCCACAAAAAGAUCAACUUGAACGUGUAUUCUUGCGUCUUGGCCAUGCAGAAACAGAUGAGCAGUUACAGAACAUUAUUUCCAAAUUUCUACCCCCUGUUCUCCUCAAGCUGUCCAGCACACAGGAAGGAGUUCGUAAAAAGGUUAUGGAGCUGCUGGUUCAUCUGAACAAGCGCAUCAAAAGUCGUCCAAAAAUCCAGCUUCCAGUAGAAACACUACUAGUUCAAUAUCAAGAUCCUUCUGCAGUGUCUUUUGUCACCAAUUUUACCAUAAUUUAUGUUAAGAUGGGAUACCCUCGUUUGUCUGUGGAAAAACAAUGUGAAUUGGCUCCAACUCUCCUCACUGCAAUGGAAGGGAAACCUCAACCUCAGCAAGAUAGCCUAAUGCAUCUUUUAAUACCAACCCUUUUUCACAUGAAAUAUCCUGUUGAACCAUUGAAAGCAGCAGCUUCUCCAUUUAAUCUUGCUGAAAAACCAAAGACUGUACAGCUGCUUUUGGACUUUAUGUUGGAUGUCCUUCUUAUGCCUUACGGGUUUGUAUUGAAUGAAUCUCAGACUCGACAAAACCUGCCCUCCACACAGGGCUCGUCAUCCACUAGUAGCCCGGGAGGUCCUGGAAUCCCUCAACCUCCUCCAGGGAUGAGCUUUUAUGCAGCCAAAAGGGUAAUUGGAGAUAGCCCAUGGACACCAGAACAGCUGGAACAGUGUAAGCUGGGGAUCGUGAAGUUCAUUGAAGCCGAGCAGGUGCCAGAGCUUGAAGCUGUUAUACAUCUGGUUGUAGCCUCCAGUGACACAAGACACAGUGUUGCCACUGCAGCAGACCUUGAAUUGAAAAGCAAACAAAGUUUAAUUGACUGGAAUAAUCCUGCUAUUGUCAACAAAAUGUUUAAAGUGUAUCUUGGGGAUAUACCACUGAAAACCAAGGAGGGAACUGUUCCGAAGCCGGAAAUGAAACGAGAAUCGGUCAGUACUCGAGUUAAAUUAAAGAUUGUUCCUCAUCUUCUGCGAUCUAGACAAGCUGCAGAAACAUUCCCAGCAAACAUUCAGGUGGUCUACGAUGGACUCUUUGGUGCAAACACCAAUACCAAACUGAGAAGUCUAUCAUUGCAGUUUGUGCAUCAUAUUUGUAUCAUUUGUCCAGAAAGUAAAAUAAAGCCCUUAGGCCCAAUGCUUUUAAAUGGACUUACAAAGCUGAUCAAUGAAUACAAAGAGGAUUCCAAACUGCUAUCAAUGGCAUAUUCUGCAGUUGGAAAACUUUCCAGCCGAAUGCCUCAGCUCUUUACCAAGGAUAUAGCACUGGUGCAACAGUUUUUUGAAGCUUUAUGCAAGGAAGAAGCUGAUACCAGGCUUGCUAUUCAGGAGGCCUUAUCUAUGAUGGUUGGAGCAUAUAGUAACUUGGAAGGAGCCCAGUGUACUCUGAUGGAAGCUCUUGUGGCUUCUUAUCUAAUAAAGCCUGAAGUUCAAGUACGUCAAGUGGCUGUGAAAUUUGCUAGCACAGUAUUCCCUCCAGAUCAUAUCCCUUCCAGAUACUUACUACUGUUAGCUGCUGGAGACCCGCGGGAAGAGGUGCAUGGGGAGGCUCAGCGAGUACUGAGAACACUUCCUGGUAAAAAUGAAAAGGAGAGUGCUGGGAAGCAAAUGCCUUCCUUCCCUGAAAUGGUCCAUUACAUCCAAGAUAAGGCUUCUCAGCGAAUGAAAACUCCAGCUAAAUAUAUGAUUGGAACUGCAGCCUUGCCUUUCAAUCCUGCCACAUUUGGGGAGGUAAGUAUAGUCCUGUAUCUACGGAUGUGUCUUGCUCACAGUGCAGGUGUGGUACCAACUUCACAGAGCUUGGCAGAUAUGCAAGAUCAUGCUCCAGCCAUUGGACGUUAUAUCAGAAACCUCAUGUCUGGUGACCACAUAUCUUUCUCUUCCUCCUCCUCUUCAAAAAUUGGAGAAGCCAACCCUGUACAGAUAUAUGUUGGCCUUCUGCAGCAGCUGUUAUCUGGUAUUGGAGGUUUGCCAGUCAUGUAUUGUCUCCUGGAAGUUGUUUCAGUAUAUCCAGAAAAACUGGCCACCAGAUUUGUAGAUAAAAUGGACUGGAUAAAGAGCCUGAUGAACACAAACAAAGAAGAAAUGCGUGAGCUUGCAGCCUUUUUUUAUUCUGUAGUGUUGUCUACGAUGUCUGGGGAUGAGCUUAGGGCCUCAGUAGAACAGCUGAUCAAGAUGACAAAAGACAAUCGUAGCCCGGAGGUCCAACAUGGCUCCUUGUUGGCUUUGGGAUUUACAGUAGGAAGGUACUUGGCCAAAAGGAAGGUCAGAACAAUAGAGCUACAUGACGUAGACCUGCCAAACACUACUGUCAUGCCGGAACAAGAACAGCUCAUAAAGUCAACAACAGAGACAAUAGGUUCUUUUUUGGACAGUACCUCACCCUUCCUCGUGGUGGCUGCUUGCACGGCUCUGGGGGAGAUUGGCAGGAAUGGCCCCUUGCCACUCCCCAGUGAAGGCACAGGGUUUACAAAGCUGCAACUUGUUGAAAGCUUAUUGGCUCGAAUCCCUUCCAGCAAGGAAACAAAUAAGAUGAAGGAACGAGCAAUACAAACAUUAGGUUACCUUCCAGUGGGAGAUGAGGAUUUUCCCCACCAGAAGCUACUGUUGCAAGGUUUAAUGGAUUCUGUGGAGGCCAAACAAAUAGAACUGCAGUUCGCUGUUGGUGAAGCUAUUACCAGUGCUGCUGUAGGAACCAGCUCGGUGGCUGCACGUGAUGCAUGGACAGUCACAGAGGAGGAAUAUAUCCCUCCUCCAGAUUUGAAAGUGAAUGAUGUGGUUCCCUGGGUUCUAGACCUUGUUUUGAACAAGCACAUUAUCAGCCCCAAUCCGCAUGUAAGACAGGCAGCCUGCAUCUGGCUUCUGUCAAUGGUGAAGAAGCUGAGCACCCACAAAGCAAUUAAGUCUCAUCUCAAGGAUAUUCAAGGUGCAUUUGUUUCAAUUCUGUCAGAUAGUGAUGAACUUAGUCAAGACAUUGCUUCAAAAGGUCUUGGGCUGGUAUAUGAACUAGGAAGCGAACAGGAUCAGCAAGAGCUAGUCACCACACUUGUUGAUAACCUUAUGACUGGGAAAAGAGCCAAACAUGAGGUGACUGGAGAAACUGUGGUGUUUCAGGGUGGCCUGAGCAAAACUCCAGAUGGUCAAGGUCUUUCUACGUACAAGGAGCUUUGUUCACUGGCUAGUGAUCUUAAUCAGCCAGAUCUGGUGUACAAAUUCAUGAACCUGGCCAACCAUCAUGCCAUGUGGAAUUCUCGGAAGGGAGCAGCUUUUGGUUUCAAUGUGAUAGCUACCAAGGCAGGAGAACAGCUGGCUCCGUUUUUGCCCCAACUUCUUCCACGGCUCUACCGUUACCAGUUUGACCCCAACCUUGGCAUUCGACAGGCAAUGACCAGCAUAUGGAACGCCUUGGUCACUGACAAGUCAAUGGUUGAUAAGUAUAUGAAGGAAAUUCUUGAAGACUUAAUCAGCAACCUAACCAGCAAUCUGUGGAGGAUCAGAGAAUCCAGUUGUCUAGCACUGAAUGACUUACUAAGAGGAAGACCUUUGGAUGACAUUAUAGACAAACUUCCAGAGAUCUGGGAAAUCCUGUUUAGAGUGCAAGAUGACAUUAAGGAGUCUGUACGAAAAGCAGCAGAACUAGCUCUAAAAACAUUAAGUAAGGUCUGUGUGAAAAUGUGUGAUCCAUCUAAAGGAGCAGCAGGUCAGAAGACUGUAGCUGUAUUGCUCCCUUGCCUCUUAGACAAAGGAAUAGUAAGCACGGUCACUGAAGUCCGAUCUCUCAGCAUUAACACUCUUGUGAAGAUCAGUAAAAGUGCUGGGUCUCUGCUGAAACCUCAUACACCAAAACUUAUCCCAGCCCUGCUGGAGUCCUUGAGUGUGCUGGAGCCUCAGGUUCUCAAUUAUUUGAGUCUUUGUGCAACAGAUCAGGAGAAAACUGCAAUGGAUAGUGCCCGACUUAGUGCUGUGAAGUCAUCUCCCAUGAUGGAAACGAUUAACAUGAGCUUACAGUACUUGGAUGCAUCCAUCCUAGGUGAGCUGGUUCCUCGGCUCUGUGAACUGAUCAAAAGUGGAGUAGGCCUUGGCACAAAGGGAGGCUGUGCCAGUGUAAUUGUGUCAUUAACCACACAGUGUCCCCAGGAUUUAACACCUUAUUCAGGCAAACUUAUGAGUGCUCUGCUCAGUGGUUUGGCUGAUCGUAACAGUGUGGUACAGAAGUCUUUUGCCUUUGCUGUGGGGCAUCUAGUCCGGACUUCCCGGGACAGUAGCACUGAGAAAUUGCUGCACAAACUGGGCAGUUGGUACAUGGAGAAGGAAGAGCCUGUUUACAGAACAAGCUGUGCAUUAACUGUGCAUGCUAUUGGACGCUACAGCCCGGAUGUAGUGAAGAACCAUGCCAAACACAUCUUGCCAUUGGCUUUUCUUGGCAUGCACGAGGUCUCUGAUGAAGAGAAAGGAGAGAAAGAAGAUUCUACUCUGUGGACUGAAGUUUGGCAGGAAAAUGUGCCUGGUACUCAGGGUGGUAUCAGACUGUACAUGCAGGAGUUGAUACUCAUUACCCAGAAAGCGUUGCAGUCCCAGUCUUGGAGGAUGAAAGCACAAGGAGCAGCUGCCAUGGCAUCAAUUGCCAAACAGACAGGUUCUCUGGUACCGCCGCACCUAGGAAUAGUGCUGUCUGCCUUGCUGCAAGGCCUGCCAGGGAGAACAUGGACUGGAAAGGAGGAGCUGCUAAAGGCCAUUGCCAGUAUUGUCUCCACAUGCAAUGCAGAGCUGCAGAUGUCUGUGCCUGGCCAGCCCACUGUCAGUGAGGUUGUCCAGGCUGUCCUGAAAGAGUGUCGGAAAGAGAAUCUGAAGUAUAAGAUGGUGGCACUGCGCUGUGUGGCUUCGGUGCUGCAGGCAACAAAGGAAGACCGGUUCCAGGAGCUGGCAGAUAUCAUCUUUCCCAUGAUAAAGAAGAACUCCGAAAGCAUGGGCACAGGUUCACUAAAGCACGAUGAAGACGGCGAGGACCUGAGGGAGAAAGAGAUGCAGAUGGAGUCCCUAAUCUGUGCCUUCGAGAGUCUGGGUAAAGCCUGGCCCAGGAGCCCAGAGACACAGCGUUGCUAUCGACAAGAAUUUUGCAAGUUAAUGUGUGAGCGUCUGAAACUCAGUACGUGGAAAGUGCAGCUUGGAGUGCUACAGGCGAUGAAUGCCUACUUUCAAGGGUUAUUGCUGUUCAGUGACGAGCACUCAGACCCUGUGGCUUUGACAGGAAUAUUGCUGGAGACCUGCUCAUCUAUCACCUAUUCUUUAGAAAACAAAAACUACACAUCCAUAAGAACAGAAGCUUUGUCUGUGAUACAGCUGCUGUUCACCAAACUGAAUGAAGCUAAACAGUGGGAAAGCCUGACACCAGAAAGCAGAAGCCACCUCAUUUGUUCAUUGUCCACAAUGGCAUCAGAUAGCAGACCCGAGCUACGAGAGAAGGCAUUUACAUUGAAGAAAACACUUGAAAAUCUUGACUAAGUUGUAAAGACAAACUAUGAAGUGCCAUGUAAAACAAAAAAAAGUGCAGUGGUCUGAAAACUGAGUGGGGAAAUGAAGGUUACUCUGUAGCACGCAUCAUUCUUGGCCAAAAUAAAAAUUGCCUUAAAUUCUGUUCCCCAUUAAUGUUAUUUUUACUCUUUUAAGCUACUGGUUAGUUAUUGUUAUAUCUGUAAAUACCUCUGAUCUGCCCUAGAAUGCUCGCAAGUGUGCAACAUAAAGCGUUCAAUAUGCAUUUUUUUUCUUUAAAUAGGCAAAAAGAAUGUUAUUCAGAUCCCCUUUGUCCCUCAAAGAAGUUGUUGAAAACCCACCAGCACUGGGAAGUGAAAGGCAUAUUUGAUUUUCACUUUGUGUGUGGAUAUGUAUUACUUGGUGUCUAAAUACUGAAUCUUUCUGACUCUACAACAUAAUUAGUUUCUUUUAUCUGUAAAAAGUGAAAGCUGCCUCUGCUGAAGUCUUCUUUUUUUUUUUUUAAGAAAAAAGUGCUGGUGCUUUGCAGAGACGUUUUCAGUGGACAGAUCUACUUCUGCUUGUCCUGUCUGCUCCUCCCUUGCAGCCCAUCUGCCCUUGGGUUAUGAAAGGCAGAGUACUGUAACUUCUCUCCCUCUUUCUCUAACCUCAAAAUGGGCAGUCUGAGACUUCCCCAUAUAGCACUCUUGGCUUCCCAGUCUUUAAAUGAGGACAUUUUUCCUCAAAAGGUUGCACAAGAGAGCACUUUACUGAACUGUAUGGGACAAGUGGUUUGGGUCUUGUUGGAGCCUGGGUAGAACACUGCUCUUCUCAAUUGUUUUGCAUGGACACUCCUCAACUGCUGGAAAAAGUUAAGGAGUCUUUUCUAGAUAUUUUUUUGAAGAGUGCUCAGAGUUUGCAAUGAAACAUUUUCUUAAUAGUAGUAACACUUUUUUUUUUUUUUUUUUUUUUCUUUCCUCUCUCUUCAUGCUUGUAACCCUGUUCUUGCUUUGGAAAUCUGUAAUGAUUUAGACUUGUCAGUAGAUGUAACAAACUGAGUCAUGUGUCAUUUCACAGCAGCCCAAUUCAUGCUGGUUUCUAGCAAAUACAUUUUAAUUUGCAUUUAAGAAGAAAAAACAUAUCUGCAUUAACUUGGAGUGCUGCCUGUCCCUUUUUUUCUCUCCUCAGACAAAAGACAAGACCUGACCACUAUAACAACAGACUUUUAAUAGUGUAAAGUUACCCCUGUACCAUAAUCUGACCCAUGUAUACAGCUUUUUUUUGGAGGUGCAUUGCUGAUGGUGAAUUGCUGGUGGUGAAAUAAGAUGUUUAGUGUUGAGAAUACUAUGUCCAUAGCUUUCAGCAGAAAAGGGUUUGUUUCUUUUCUGAUGGUUUCCCUCAAAUUUGAUGUUAGGCACAGAGUUAUUCUGGUAAUGUUACCUUUUCUCCAUGCCUGUUUAGAAUUAGGUAUACAGUACCUACUUUUCCCUCAGAUGCCAUUUCCCAUUCAGUGUUUCUAGUACUGUAAUUAUUUAGAAGUCUGAUUUUUAUUCAUGGAUGGGAAGAAUGUAAAUUUGUGCACAUCUGGUAAGAAAAUUUCUGCAAAAAUGGGCAGAUCUGUCCCACUGUGGCACUUCUGUAGCAGAAACCUCAGCAUCAUAUACUAGAUACAAUGCAUCAUGUACUAGAAGUGGUCAGCAAGCAACCUUUUGGUGCUGAGAGAUGGUGCUAUAAUAUUUUGAUUUACACCUUGUUGCAGGGAGCUGUUUUUUGUUUACAUGCAGUUUGAACUGUUAAGCACAGUUGUAAAUUUUAAUCUUACUGGGGAAAAUCAUUUUAUGGUAUCUUUAAAAUCUUGGUCAUCAUGACAUGUAGUGUCAUGAGUGCUCAGUUUUGUAUUAGAUCAAUAUUACCAGUGAUGCUUUGCUGUAGCAGUUUGACUUGUUUUUUGUUUUGUUUUGGUUUUUUUUGGUAUUGGUCAACAUUGCAGUUACAGAAAAGCAAGACUCUUUGAGUCUCUGGUAAUUUGAUUUGUCAUUGUGGACUGGAGUAUUCAGAGGCAAUGCCUAAUAUGGUCAAAUGACUAUGAAUAGAAUAACUCUAAUAGUGGUCAAUAGCAACUUGUAUUUCUCUACUGGGGAUUUAAACUGUAUCAAAGAGCAUAUUCUGGGAAAUCUAAAACCAGCUGAAUUAACAGCUCUGGCUGAGAUUGUUAGGAAGAUUAGAGAUGGUAUGAUAGGUUUCUCUGAAUCACAAAGCGAUAUGUUUUUUUCAUAAUUACAGGAUAGAUUCAGAGAUUCUCUGAAGGAUGUGCCUAUACACAAAACCUACCUGCAGGAGUUAAUUCAGCCAGAGGUCUGAUUUCCACCCCCUCUUAUUUGUAAACUUGACAAGAUUAAAAAAAAAAAAAAAAAAAAAGUGGCCUUCUUAGAGUUUUUCCUCUAAAAGUGAUUGCACUAUGUAAAACACACACUGUACUACUUUGCCCUGUGUGGGUGUUUCCUGUGCUGCUGCAAUGCUGCUUUGUACACCUGGAGUGAGGUGUGCAGAUUUGACACUAGCACUCCUAACCUACAAGCUGUUGCUUAAAUGGAUGUAUAUUCAGAAAAGUUUUCUAAUAUUGCAAGUUCUCCAUCUAAUUCCCUGCAAUCUGUACUUGGCUGUUGAAGUAUGUAAAUGGACUGAUUGAAAGAAAACCCUCUUGCUUACCAAAAAGGUAAAAAUUAAAUAAAGAUGCAUGACCUGUUCUUGGAA